UGCCUAGCUGCUCUGUGGAGCUUCGGUGCUCACGUGCCCGAGACGAGUGGAGGAUCUUCGUAGAGCCAGCGUCGCGAUUUAGCCGUCCAUGACGCUUUCUCUUUCCAGAGCGCACCAGGCAAGCUUACUUUAUUACACUUUCAGUGCAAAGCAGGAAAGAAGUGGGGAUUCUAAGACAGCACCCAUUGUGGAAUGGAUGGCAGAGAGGAGGCUGGAAUGUAGCUCUGCAGCUCAAGGUUUAGCUAUAUUCCUGUUUGGCAGAGUUUAGGAUAAACUCAUCCACCCUUUGAAGGAUCAGGCAAAGACAUGGCUUUGGUUCCUUAUGACAGCACAGCUCUUUGGGGAAUGCAGAAAUUACAUAAAUCUUCCUCUACAUUCUGUUUUGCCAACCAUACAAUUCACAUUAAGCAGAAUUGGACGCAGUUGGGUGUAGCUGCUGUGGUUUGGGAUGCGGCAGUGGUCUUGUGCACUUUCCUGGAGACAGGAGGCAUUGAUCUGCAGGGACGCACGGUGAUUGAGUUAGGAGCUGGGACAGGCCUUCUUGGAAUUGUAGCUGUGUUACUUGGUGCUCAAGUUACAAUCACAGACCGAAAGCCGACAUUGCCCUUACUUGAGUCAAAUGUGCAAACUAAUUUACCAGUCAACCUUCAGUCAAGAACAGCAAUAAAAGAACUUACCUGGGGACAAGAUUUGGCAGACUUUUCUCCAGGAGAAUAUGAUAUUAUCUUGGGUGCAGACAUAGUUUACCUGGAAGAAACAUUUGCAGAUCUUCUUCAGACACUGGAUUAUCUCUGCUCUGAUGAAACUGUAAUCCUGUUAUCCUGCCGUCUCCGCUAUGAGCGGGACCAGAAUUUCCUGAAGAUGCUUAGAGAACAUUUUACAGUGAAUGAAGUGCUCUACGACCCUGGUAGUGAUGUGCAUAUAUUUAGAGCACAGAGACAUGUCCUGAAGGGGGAUUUGUGAUUGGUCUGACCAUGAAUUCUUGCCAGCUCAUGUCUUCUCUUUCCUUUUCAUUGCCCCAAUACUUGGAUCAAAAACUUCCAUGCAGCAUCUCCCUCUUUCUGUUGCAAUGAAAGUACUUUAUGAGAAUAAAGUGAAACAAAUUAUUUUUUGAUUAUAAAAAGUUUGUUUAACUCCUUACUUGGAGUUAAUCUGGUUGAGUUUCCUAUAAAGACUGUCUUCUUGAUUUACUUAUUGUUAAAAUAAAGAAUUAAUCAGGUGAGCCAUCGAAGGAUAGCAAUCUAUCAAUUAUUUUUGAAGAAAUAACUGUGACAAGCUGUAUUACGGUCACAAGAUAAAUUAUCCAUAGUCAGCCCUUCUCUCUGUUUCAGUCAGCUGGCCAAUUCAUAAUAAGUUCUUCAGUGAAUGCAGGUGAAAGCAAAAAGAGACAUUUGAAAGAAGAAAAAUUGUUUCAGAAAAAAGGUUUGGGAUAAAAUGGGGGCUUCCCUUGGAUGAGUGACGGGUUGUCAGAGAGAGAUGUCAGGUAAUCCUCAACAUAUGACCAGUCACUUAACCAUUCCAAAUUAUGAUGUGCUUAACAAAAGGUUAUGACUUCUCCAUGCAGCUACCACCCCUGGUCAUGUGAUUGCAUUUUGGGUGUUUGGAAACUGGCUUGCAUUUAUGACCAAUUGCAGCAUCCCGUGGCUAUAUGAUAACAUUUUGUAAUUAUUAUUUUUUUGCUGCUUUCCAGCAAAAAAUGUCCAAACUGGGUUUGGACUUACAACCACAUGAUUCACUCUUUUUUUAAUGGGUGUGUAAAAAGCUGUGAUCUACAGCUUGCAUAACUAUAGCCAUUUUUUAGAACUGCUUUUCACAUUACAUCACUUCAAACAUUUUCAUCACCAAUUAGACUUAUGAGGUUGGGAACAGUUUCAUUUUCAUGAAGAACAUAAAGUACACACUUGCAAAAAUAUGUGCUUCCAGUUAUUGUGCUCACAAUUCCUUCACCUUUCUUUCCAAGGUUUUCUAGUUUCCCAGGAUUCUUUCAAAGUGUUCUGGCUAGGUUGUUCAUUCCCACAAGGAUCAAGAGAGAAAGACAGUUGUUGAUGAGGUUGAAUAUUCUUGUAAUUACCGUAUUUUUCGGAGUAUAAAGUGCACUUCCCCCCCCAAAGAUGGUGAAAAAUGGUGCAUCUUAUACACCGAAUGUUACAUCAGCCAUAUCGGGCGGGGAGGAGGGAGUUAGUGUGGCAGCAGCAACGGCAACAGGCAGCUGAUUGGCGGUAUUCUCCAACCACCAAUUGGAGAGAUGGGAUUCACACAGUUCGGCAGAACUGUUUGUUAAAUUGAGGAGAAGUGGCUGAUUCCAUCAGUGGAGCAUUUAGUUGAGGAUGCACUGCUGCUGGGCCUGCCACACUGCCUCCGGACCUGCCACCCCAUCGCAUCGCUGCCAGACCUGCCGCUCCAUUGCAUCAUUGCCACCCCAUUGCAUUGUCAUUGGACCUGCCACCUUGCCACCGGACCUGCAUCUCUGCUUGCUGCCGGACCUGCUGCACCUCCGGGACUGCAUGGAUUGCUUGGGCUGUGAGCCCAGAGACACAGAGAGAG